AUGGAUGGCGCGCCUCCACCCGAGGAGAACUUUGAGGCUCAGCCGAUACAGGAUCGCUUGGUGUCCAAGGCGAGUUCCCCCUCGGCGGUUGUUUGACACUCGAGCCUCGACGCGGCGUGUGUUGCGCGAGGUUGGCGGGGCACCAGUAUCCGACGUCGCACCUUGCACGGUCAACACCUCUCCGAUCGUAGCCGAGCUGAUUCUUCUGUCAUGACUCGCCCCCGCAGUUGUGGAAGGCACGCGUCUCGGCGUACACGGCCUUGAUCACGACCUUCAAGCAGACCGUCUCCGACACCGAUCCGGCCUUCCGACCUUACGUCUCGGACCCUGCCUCGGUCAAGGAAUGGGUCAGGGACAACAAUGCGAUGGCCCAAGAGAUGGGUGUCGCCGCAGCGUGUAGUCUGUUGGAAUGGGGGGGGAAGAAUGCCGCGAGGUUGGUCCACAUUAGGCCCAGUCCGAGACAAGCAGAGCGGGCGAGGGGGGUGCGGAUCACGCUGAUGCACGACAGUUCAUGACAAUGUUGUACAGGACAAGAGCAGAGGUCGUACCUUCGCUCGUCGAAAAGUGUUUAGGAGCAGCGAGGGUAAGCAUCGGCAUUGGGCCCGAGCCGGGAAGUCGGGUAGUGUCGCAGACGAUAGCUGUCUCACGCUCUUGCACUGCGUCGAUGUUGAUCUGAACAGGCAGGUACCAAGACCAAAGCGAUCGAACUGUGUCUACUUUACGUUGCAGCAGAAGAGGAUCAAGCAGAGGGUGUUCUCGUGAGUCUCAGAACGACAAUUCGGGAACACGCGGCUAACACUACCAUUUGCAUCGGUGAUCGUUCCUGCAGAGCGAUCUCACACCGGGACUGGACGUCAAACAACCCAAAGUUGUGGCAGGAUGUGUGACCGUGCUCAAGGAGAUUGUCAGGUGCGCCACUCAUAUUGAACACAUCACGUCGACGCGCGAUACUGACCUGCUCGCCUGUGCACACAGAGGGUUCGGGCCGAAAACAAUCAACGUUAAACCGAUCCUCAAGCUCUUGCCCAAAAUCUUUGCCCACGCUGACAAGGCCGUCCGACUCGAAGGCACCGCUCUGGUUAUGGCAUUGCACGCUUAUCUCGGACCCGCCCUCGACCCGCACUUGUCAUCGCUCAAACCCGUUCAGGUCAAGGAGCUGAACGAGGCUUUCGCUGAUGCCGAUGCCAAAGGCGAAGAAGGGUUCGGACAUCUCAAGCCGUCACGAUUCACGCUCACGCAGCAGAGGGAAAGGGAGGUCAAACAAGCCGAGGGGGCAUUGGAAGGCACGAACCCGGAGGAAGCGGAGGAGGAAAAAAGCGCCGCCGAAGGUGGGGCCGAGGAUGGGCCACCCGAUGCUUUCGAUUUCGCCGAACCGGUCGACGUGCUCAACAAGCUCCCUCCUGAUUUCUAUACCCACGUUGGCUCGACGAAAUGGAAGGACCGCAAGGAAUUGGCGCUCGAACCCUUGCUCGCCGUGGUCAAAGUCCCGCGGAUCAAAAACGACAAUUACGACGAACUGCUGCGAUCGUUGGGCGGGAUGAUCCCGAGCUACUCGAACGUACUGUGCAUUAUGCUCGCGGCGAACUGCAUCGAAGCGAUGGCAUUGGGUCUAAGGGAUGACUUUGCCAAGUAUCGGAGUCUGGUCAUUGCGCCGAUCUUGUCGAGGACCAAGGAGAAGAAGGCCAAUGUUUUGGAGGCCUUUGCUGGUGCUUUGGAUGCGACGUUCGCCUCGGUACGUUCGUUCGUGAGGGGACAAAAGUUUAAAGUCCGAAUCGCUGAUGUAGGUUCCGUGCAGAUCCUAUCGAUGAACGAAAUCGUGGAGGAUAUUGUCACUUUCGCCAAAGACAAGAACCCGUCUGUCAAAGAACAAACGAUCAAGUGGUGUACGCGAAGCCUCAAAGUCGUUCCCUCCCCACCUCAACGCUCCGAUAUCGAUCAGCUCAUUGCCGUCUUAUCGCUCGCCCUGGCCGAUUCCGCGGAACCCGUUCGAAUCGUUGCGGCGGAAGCUUUGGGAUAUCUAAUGAAAGUCUGCGGAGAACGCGCGAUGGGAGGCAAGAUUGAGGAACUGGACGAUUUGAGAAAGGCCAAGGUCAAGGAGGCGUAUGAAAAAGCCGAGACAAAGUGCACGAAUGGUGGUGGUCGAGGAGGCGCUGUUCGUACGGCACCUGCGGCCGGUGGUUCUUCGAUGCCGGCAGCGAACAAGUCCAAGCCCAAGCCGAUGGUGGCGAACAAGGAGAAUGCCCCACUCGCUGCACGUCCUGCCGCAUUCGCACCCACCCCCAGUGCAGCUCUCAAGAUUGCAGCUGAUCCAGCUGCUAGACCUCCGAUCGUGGCCAAGAAACCCCCUGUUGCUUCGACUUCUUCGGCGCCAAUCGCGGCGAAGAAACCGGUGAUCGCAGCUGUGAGCGCAUCCUCCUCCAAAUCGGCCGGACCUGCCAAGACCGCCGAACCGUUGAAGUACAAGAUGUCGCAAGAGGACGCCGAGGCUCAGGUCGAAGCGGGCGCGAUUCCGGCCAACUUGGUCGCUCAGAUCUCGGACGCGAACUGGAAGACACGGUUGGAAGGGAUCACGGCGCUGCAUGAUUGGUUGAGCGGGGGUGAGAUUGAGACCGUCGAGAGUGAACUGGUCGUUCGCUACUUGGGAAAGAAGCCGGGGUGGAAGGAGAGCAAUUUCCAGGUCAGCAACUUAACGUCCGAUUCUCCGAUUUCAAGGUUCAUCACGUUUCCUAGUAGGAAGCUGAUCUUGUCCGGCAUUCCAUAUAUCAGGUUAGCACCAAGAUGUUUGGCAUCUUGCACCUUUUGGCGGAAAGGUCUCCCUCGUUUGGCAAAUCGUCAGCGGCCCUUUCUGUCCCCGGUCUGUCGGACAAGCUCGGCGAUAUUAAGCUGAAGAAACCAGCCGGCGACGCGCUGACCGCUUUCGCGGAAAAGUCAUCGCUCGGCUUCGUGCUCAGCCUCGCGUACGAACCAAUGACGAAGCAAAAAGCACCGAAAGCUCAGGCCGAUUCGCUGCUCUGGGUCGAACAGGCGCUGCGCGACUUUGGCAUUAUCGGCGUAUCGAUCCGCGACCUGAUCGAGUUCCUCAAGACGGGGCUGAAGAGUUCCAACGCUUCUGUGAGGACGAAUGCGACCAAGACACUUGUCACGCUCAAGCUCUACGUCGGCGCCGAUAUUGUUACCUUCUUACAAGACUUGAACCCACAACUACUCACAACGAUCGAGUCGGAAUUCGCCAAGGUUGCGGGGGAGGCACCACCGGAGCCGACGCGAGUUGGAGCCGACACCGCCGUUGCUGCUUCGGCCGCUGCGGCAGGCCCAGGUGCGAAAGGGAAAGGAGCGAUCAGUGGAAGCGACGAUCCUCUCGACGACCUCUUCCCGCGCGUCGAGCUGGAUCGACUUAUCCCCAGUUCAGCGAUCAGUGGCCUCGGCGACAGCCUGUGGAAGACCAGGAAAGAAGCGCUGGAAACGAUUCAGUCGAUUCUCGAAGGCAACAAACGACUCAAGCCCUCGCCGCUCAACGAUCUCUCAACGCCGUUGAAGCAGCGCCUUGUGGAUGCCAACAAAAUUGUGCAGGUGCUCGCGCUCGACGUCAUCGCCAGGAUUGCUACAGGAAUGGGCAAGCCUUUCGAACGGCAUUGUCGACUAUUCGUCGCUGCGAUCGCGGGCGUUCUCGGAGAUCAAAAAGCGCCGAUUCGAGCGGCCGCGACGGCCUGUCUGACUGCCAUCGCCGAUGCUGCUAGUCUCGAUGCGAUGAUCACCUCGUUCGACAAGGCACUCGAGACGGGCAGUCCUGUUCUGCGCAAGGACCUGCUCGCCUGGCUCGAGCCUCGCUUCCAGGACGAGGACGUCGUCGCCACACUCGAGCUGCGGGAUCUCGCCGGGCCCGUCAUCGCUUGCCUCGAGGAUAAGACGGCCGAGGUUCGCAAAUCAGCGCAGGCGUUGCUACCCGGCAUCAUCUCACGUGUGGGGUACCAGACCGUGCUGGACAAGACUGGCAAACUCAAGCCGGCCAGCAAAGCGACCGUCUUGCCCCUGCUUGAGGCCGCCCGGGGUCAAGCGAACCUGGUUCCGAGUAGUAAAGCCCCCACCGUCGCAUUGUCUUCCGCAACCCCUCAGGCGAACAGAACAUCGCAGCCCCCGUCCCGCCCCGCUUCUGCCGCUUCUGGGCCGAUUGCGGCCACCUCCAAGCUCGCUCCUGGUGGGUUGACUCGGCCGACGGCCGUCAACAAGUCCUUACGGGCUGGAGCCUCGAUUUCGACGCAGUCCGCCAACGACGAUGCCCCUGCCUCCCGGCUGGGUGCGCCUCGACCUCGUGUCUCCCUUGGGAGCAAACCGCUCGGUGCGUCGCGACCCUUCCCGAACGCUGCGACAUCCGGUUUCGCAUCCGUGAGCGAGGGCAAGGAAGCACCAUUCCGCGACGCCGACCCGAGGCCCAAGACGCUCCGAGCGUCGAAAGAGACGGGCUCGCUCAAGUGGGUUGUCGAUGGAACCCCACGCGCCGAUCAGGUCGAGACUCUGCUGCAGCAAAUGACGCCGUACACCUCGCCCGACCUACUCGCACAACUCUUUAGCAAGGACCACAAUGCGGAACGGGACUACAUCGCCGCUUUGACCGCGCUCGACGACUGCGCGCGAGACCCUGCCUCCGCCGCUGACGCGUUCGGUCUGCUACCCAAGGAAUUUCGGGCACGAUUGGUCGUCAACGUCGACGUCAUCUUCAAGUACAUUACUCUGCGUAUCGGUAUGACGAGUACGACCAUCACCGUCAAAUGUCUCGACCUGAUCGACGACUUGCUCGUCGUUCUCGGCGAAGAAGGCCACAACCUGUCCGACUACGAGGCCUGGGCCUUGCUCAUCAGUCUCAUCGCCAAGGUCGGCGAUGGCAAAGAGACGAUUCGAGGUCGUGUACGAGCCAUCUUCAAGGCUCUGUGUAGCGUCUAUCCUUACAGCAAGGUCUUUGCGGCUCUCGUCGAAUACGGUCUCGUGUCCAAGAACGCUCGGGUCCGCGCGGAAACGGCCGAGGAGUUGGGCAGCCUGUUCCAACGCCACGGUGCGAGCGCGCUUCCGACGGGCAAAGCCCUUCCUCUCAUCGCCAAACUUAUCAGCGAUCGAGACGCCGCGGUACGCACGCCUGCACUCUACGCCAUCGGUCACGUCUAUUCUUCGCUGGGAGCUGAUGCGACGUGGAAAUUGGUCGGCCGCAUACCGGACAAGGAGCGAGCAAUGUUGGAGGAGCGUUUAAAGCGCACAGUGACGACGGGAGAUACAGGUGCCUCUGCUGCCGCGGUGUACGCGUCGCCUCAGGCCACACGGUCCAUGACGCCAGUGCAGAGAGCCAACACGCCGUCCAGAGUACCCGGACCCGGACCCGCGUCCCCGACACCCAACAACGCAGCGAGAGGGAUCGCCAAACCGGGCAUCUCCCGGCUCGCUCGACCCAGCGGUCGAGCGGCCCCGACCGCAUCCUCAUCCGCACUCGGCGGUGGCGAUGGCACAAGAAGAGCUUCUGGUGCUGGUCUCCCCGCCCCAGGUUUUGUUCGACCACUUUCCGCGACCGCGACCGCGACAUCUCGAUUGCCACCGUCAGCUCUGCCCUCCGCCUCGUUUGCGAUGGGCCCCUCGAGUUCGAACGGCUCUCGAGGUCAAGCCGCUGAACGACCGCCGUCGCCAAUCGACAUCGCUCUGCUCAUCGAUGCCAUCGAGACCGAAGACCUCGCAAAGUGCGCCAACGUGCUCAAGCGGGUGCAGACCGAGAUCGCCACCAACUACGACGCUUUGCUGCCACAAGCCGACGCGCUCAUCGAUGCUAUCACGCUGCAAAUGGCGCUAGGCUUCGAGGACUUGCACAAGGACUCGUCGCAUGCCAAGCUAAGACUAUGCAAGCAUCUGAUGCAGACGCUCUCGUCCUUUUUCGACCAUCGCACCCUCGGCCAAGCGAUUUCAACGCCGGCGCUGACCAGUCUUUUGGCCGAACUUACGGGACGUCUCCUCGAUACGGCCGAUAGCUCGGGCUCGGAUGCGAUCGCCAGUCUGUCCAAGGUGCUCAACAUGGUCUUGAUUCGCAUCUUCCAUCAUUCCGACCAGACGGUCUGCGUCAGGUGAGUUUGCUGGCUUUGGUUCACGGCAAGGACUCCCAGAGGAAAUAAGCCUGACGAGUUCGACAUCGCCUGCACAGUUCACUAUUCACGGUACUACAAGACGCCACGAUCGAUCUCCGUGAACUCAAGGGCAAUGAACUGGAAGCGCGGGCCAAGUAUGCCGAGCUGGUCAUGAAGGUGAGCAGCAAGGCAAAUUCGUUGCGCAGUCAACAGCGCGCGCAGGGCUGACACCGGCCGGUUGGAAAUACCUCCGAACAGUGCUUGUGGAAAGUGUCCAAGACGGUCAAGGAAAGCCUCGAGUCUCGAGCCCUCUCGGCGCCUCGUCUACUGCGAGACAUCAACCAGUUUCUCACCACAACCCCACCGGCUGAAUGGCGUCGACGGGCUGCAGACAACAUCCCCCUGGCCGACAUGCCGCUGCGAACGGUCAAGACCAUUCUUCAGCAAGUCGUGUCGGUCUUUGGCGAGGCCGUCUUUGACGAGCUCGAGGAAAUCGACUCGGCCGAGGAUUCGUUCGUUUAUCAGUAUCUGUUCCGCCUAGCCAGUAGCCCCUCCAGCAAGAGAAAUGGUUCCGCUGCACGAGGUCAAAGUGGCGAUCGAGCGAGUGCUUCCUCGAUGAACCGGCAAAGCUCGACUGGGUCGUUCUCGUCGGUACAGCGCGAGUCGCUGCCCGCGAGACAGACUGCUGCCACCCCAUCCAUUGAGUCCGAGCCUCCGUCGACACCGAAGAUAGCAACGAGAACGGCUGGCGCAUCGCUCGGAGCUCGGGCAUCAAUCUCGGCGGCCAACUCUCCCGGCGGCGCGGAUAUUGAGUUGAACCAGCAGCUAAAGGCCAUCUUUGACCUGAUCGGUGACCCCGUUCGGUCUCGCGAGGUAAGCGCGGCGAUUCGGCACCCGAGGUUUUCGGUGCACAAGUUCCCCGAGCUGACGGCGACCACUCUGUCUCUUCCAUCGUCACCAGGGAAUCGAGGCGCUGUAUAUAUUCCAAAAGACUCGCCCCGAAGCAGCGCCGCGGAUUGCCUCGUGGUACGUCAGCCCUUCACCUGCUCAUCCGGCCCUGAGGCGCUUACGGCUCGACGAUCUUUCGCGUCACUUUAUACUUCUUUCGAUUUGCAGGAUGGCGAACACGGGCAAUUACUUUCAAACUUAUCUGAAACGUGCGCUGCGCAAUCUAGAGAUGGCCGAUCAGGAACAGGAAUAUCAACGCAAUUCUCCGGCCGUAGAGUCGGCGGUGUCGGCCGCAACCGGUGAGUCGAAACGUAAACCGAUCACUAGUCCCCCAAGGCUAAGCAGAGCCCAAACCAUCACACCCUUCAUUGCCUCGUCAGCCUCGUCCGCGCGACCAGUCUCGGCCUCCAUCACCGCGUCAUCAAGGCCGACGUCGACCGCGACGACGCUCAGUCCUCGCCACUCGCGCGCCUCCCUCGGGGCUAGCGGUGGCGCCGCAACGGGUGGCGCAAACUGCGAACGACUCAGCCAACUGCAGGAGAUCUUUGGGUUCAACAGCGCGGCUGCAGGUGGUGGUGGAAAAGAGCCUUGA